AUGCCGGCAUCCUAUCCUUCCAAUUACCCCCCGCGAGUAGACCAUUAUCAGACAAUGGAAGCCACCCCCAAGGCCAUCCCAGAAACUAGCCCUGAGACUACAACAGAGGAUAAGCUUGACAGGAUCGCACGCGAACUUCACUUUUGUCCUAAUCGUAUCUGGCAAAUGGUAAAAGACCUCGAAGAGAAUGCCAUGGUGAAGAUCCUCGAAUUUCUUGUCCGUCUCCGGCGGAAGAAAGAUUCUAUCGGAUCGCAGGUGGGUCACGAAAUAUGCGGUUUCGAAUUCUGUGAAAAAGCACGCAUAGAUUUCACAGGAGUCGUGCAGCGACAUGUCUGCGAUGACAAAGAUUGCGAGCAAUACGAAUUCAAAAUGUCACUUCUGGAUGAAGCCGUAGAGGAAGGAGAGCUCACAGCCUGGGAAUUGGAUUGCAGCAAGCCGAUCGAGCGGCCAACUCCCUACAUGGCGGUGUCCCAUGUUUGGUCAGAUGGGACAGGAAGUGGGCCGUGGGCAUCAGGGAAAGUCAAUAAAUGCUUAUAUGACUUUUUUUCCGACAUCGCGACGCGAUUCCAAUGUGAUGGGAUAUGGUGGGAUACAAUCAGCAUCCCAACUGGAAAGACUACCCGUGGCAAGGCUAUCGCCACUAUGCAUCGGAACUACGAAAGUGCCCGAAUAACUCUAGUCCAUGAUGCUUUUCUUCGUGAAUGGGAGUGGGUUGACGCAGUGACUGCAUGCUUCGCAAUUUCAAUGUCACCAUGGUUUAGCAGAGGAUGGACCGCCCUGGAGCUGGUGAAAUCUCCGAAGGUCAAAAUUAUAUUUAGGCAUAACGUGAUCAAGGAUCUCGACCAGGAUAUCCUCAGCAAAGUCGACCCAUCGAUCCCCGAACAUAGGAUUCUGUCCGAAAAAAUAAAAAACCUACGGGGAGGUGCCAUAGCCUCUAUUGACCGGCUCUUGGGGGUGCUUAGGGCACGAAGUACAUCUUGGCCUCGCGACAUUGCCAUUAUUUCGGCCCAAUUGGUCGGCGCCUCAGUAGAACCGAGUCUAUCACAGCAGGAAAUUUAUCGAGAAGCUCUCAAGAAGGUCGGCGAAAUAAAAUCGUCACACCUCUUUCACAACUCUUUGACAAUGGUUGGAGAUUUUCAAUGGUGUCCGACAAAUUUGCUCGAAAUGCCCCCGGCCUCACCCAAAGAUUCGACGCUAAAAAUCACAAAGAAAGGAGGCCUAAAUGGCCGGUGGCUAUGGUCUUCAGAUAUCAAGGUUAUAAAAAACCUAGUCAUCUUGGAAAACAUGCACCGUGUACAGCGUUCCAGGGUAACUAGGAUUUUACGGAACUCGGAUAGCCCCCAACACCAAUACCGGAUUUUAAUAGACCCCAAAUAUAAGAAGGAGUCAGGGCUUAAGGCAUUGCUUGUUUUGGAAGGAACGCGACGAGGGGGGCCAAUGCAUGUUGAGUUCGUUGCGUCUCUGAAGUUUCACAGCCGAAUGGAAGCUUUGAAAUUGAAAAUAGACUGGAAUGAAUCAAAUGUGACGAUAGUCGGAAAUAAUUCCAACAGAAUACAAAGCACCAUACUCCCUGUAACACCACCCCCGCUGCAGCGCGCAGAGCCAUCAGACAAUAAUAAUGCGGACAACAAGGCCAAGCUUGAGGCCGCGAAUCCGGAUGAGAAUACAGAGCUUCAUAUGGCAGCGCAGAGCGGGGAUACGGAAGGUAUCCAGAAGCUAUUGACGAGCACCAGUCCAUUUGAGACAAACAAAUUUGGCAUGACUCCGUUACAUCUAGCCGCGCGAGAUGGACGAACGAAAUUCGUCAAGGAAUUGCUGUUACACCAUGAUUUUAUGCAUGAGGCACCGCCUUUUGAUUAUCAGGACGACGACUCAUGGACACCACUAGAUCAUGCGAUUUGGCAAUGUCACGAAGGGGUAACUAAAGCAAUAUUUGAGCAUCGGCACUUCUCGCCAGAAGACUUAAACGAUCAAGAUGAAAUCGGACAAACAAUGCUGCAUCUUGCUGCGGAGAGAGCAAACCGAACUAUCAUCAAAGGGUUCCAGCUCGAAGACCUACGUGGUCGCAAGGUGAUGAUGGAUAUUGUCUGUGAAUCCAAUCAAAAUGUUUUCCACCGAGCAGCUUUGGGAGGUAGCCGUGAAGUAAUCAAAGAACUAUGGAAGAAAGUAGUGGAAUUUUAUGAAAAGGAUAAAUAUCAGGCCUCUAAAAUGAUGCUGGAGGCACUGGACGACAAUGACCGAACACCUCUACACAUAGCCGUGCAACAAGGGAAUUUUGAUGCAGCUUGCGAACUGGCGGAUCUGGCACCUCAUGUUCUAGAGAUUGAGGACUGUGAUAAUUUAACACCGUUGGAAAUAGCUAUCGAUAAUAACGAUGAUGAGAUAGUGCAAGAGCUCCACGAAAGAAUCAUUAGCAACGAACUAUCUUCCGUCACGGGGCAUGUAUAUCUCAACAUCGUAAAAAAACUCACGGCAGGCAUACCAGCUGGGCAUAAAAGCCUAGAGAGCAGAAACCGCGGAGGAAAAACGCCGCUGGCGUUGGCGGCGUACAAUGGCUGGGCUUCCGUGGUGGAGCGCCUUCUAAGAAAAAAAGCGAACCCAGAAGCUAAAGACAACGAAGGGAAAACACCGCUUCAACUGGCCCUGAAGGAUGCCGAGGACGAUGAUAUCGAUAGCUUCGUGGUCGCGAAACUGCUUCUGAGAUCAAGGGAUCAGGAGCACUUGAUCGAAAAGUUAACCACCAGUGAGGCUAGCCAGGUUUUACGAAUGGCACUACAACAAAGAACUCAGGGCAUAGCAAAAUUGGCUCUCGAAAGGUCCCGAGCUGAUGUUCACUCUUCGGGAGGCACAUUAACACCAUUCGAGUACGCAAUCGAGUGGGGGGACCAAGAGAUAUUAGAUCUUCUCAUCCAAAAAACUCCCCCGAUUCCGGAUUCAAAUAUCGAUAAGACUAUAAAUCUUAUUUUAGAAAAACCAGGCUCGGCUGCGAUAUUGUCUAAGUUGAUUAAAGCCAACAUCCUGCCACUCGACGGAAACAACAGAAGGAAGGUGAUAUUGGACUAUGCAGCGAAGAAUGGACAUAUAGAUCUGAUGGAACAAAUACUGGAAAAGGUUUUGAUGGUAGAUUAUACGGCUUCGGAUAGCACUACGCCAUUAUUCGACGCUAUAUGCUUUCUCAGUUUUACUGGGCAUGUUCGGAUCGAGGUUGUAUUCCAGAGAGGUACAAGGUUUGGAAGUCCACAAAAUUGUCACCAGCCAGAAACCUUUCUCAUUGAAAAUACAAGAGAGCAAAUUGUCAAGAAACUUCUCGAAUUGGGUGCAAAACCGGGGGCCACCGACGAAAAUAGACAAACUCCUUUGUUCCAAGCUGUAAAACGGGGGUAUCCGGGAAUUGUAAAGCUGCUCCUCGAUCACGGCGCGAAUGUUAACACUCGAGAUAGCGAGGGGAAAACGCCACUAUUUUUCGCCAACUAUGAAACGACAAAGCUUUUGAUUGACCGCGGAGCUAGUUCCGAAGUACUUGAUAAGAAUAAAAAAUCAAUACUUCAAUAUGCAAUAGAUCAAGGGGAUACAAGGGCACUUGACAUCUACUCUAAAAAGGGUAUCAAAAAUAAAAACAAGGCACAGGAAGUUCGGGACUAUUUGCAAAAGCAUCCCGGCCGUAGGAACUAA